UGGCGUGUUACCUUUCCGCAAGCUCAUGGUGCUGAAAUCUCGCUCCCUCGCUCGCACGCACCAAAAUGUAGACUAACGUAGUUGAAUUUAAAAGAAAGGUUAUCUGCUGAAAAAGUCACCAUAAUGGAGGAAGAUUUGUUCCAGUUACGACAGCUUCCUGUGGUGAAGUUUCGCCGGACAGGUGAGAGCUCUCGCUCAGAUGAUGACCAUACAAUCAAGGAACAAGAUGUCCAGAUGAACACUUCCCAAACUGAUCUUGAACCUGGCCCUAGCCUGGCUGAUGGUGCUUCAGUUCCGCGGGAAUUUGCCAAUCCCACUGAUGAUACCUUUAUGGUGGAAGAUGCAGUUGAGGCCAUUGGCUUUGGGACUUUCCAGUGGAAGUUGUCUAUCCUCACUGGACUAUCAUGGAUGGCUGAUGCCAUGGAGAUGAUGAUACUCAGUAUACUGGCUCCCCAGCUUCACUGUGAGUGGAGACUACCCAGCUGGGAGGUAGCACUGCUCACCUCGGUUGUAUUUAUUGGAAUGAUGAUCAGUUCUUCACUAUGGGGGAACAUAUCGGAUAAGUAUGGCCGGAAAACAGGCCUGAGGAUGAGUGUGUUGUGGACACUGUUUUACAGCAUUCUCAGUGCAUUUUCUCCAAUCUAUCCCUGGAUUCUGUUCCUUCGUGCUCUCGUGGGAUUUGGCAUUGGAGGGGCACCACAAUCUGUCACUCUGUAUGCAGAGUUCUUACCCAUGAGGUCAAGGGCCACAUGUAUUCUACUGAUUGAGAUAUUCUGGGCACUUGGCACUGUGUUUGAGGUACUGCUAGCCAUCUUGGUUAUGCCAACCCUGGGCUGGCGCUGGUUGCUUGCACUCUCCACGCUUCCUCUCUUGAUCUUCGCUGUCCUCUGCUUUUGGCUUCCUGAAAGUGCUCGUUAUGAUGUGCUAACGGGAAAUCAGGAAAAAGCUCUGAACACUUUGAAACGCAUCGCUAUGGAGAACAAAGUACCCAUGCCUUUAGGCAAGCUCAUCGCUGCCAGACAGGAGGACAGAGGGAAAAUCCAGGACCUAUUUUCCCCACACUUUCGUUGGACUACCAUUCUAUUAUGGUUUAUCUGGUUCUCGAAUGCAUUCUCUUACUAUGGUCUUGUUCUGCUGACAACAGAGCUUUUCCAGGAGGGAGAUACAUGUGGAGGUUCCAGAGCCAGUAAAGAGCCAGUCUGCAGCCUGGAGUGUAAAUACCUAAACUCGGAUGACUACAAAGACCUAUUGUGGACUACUCUUUCUGAAUUCCCAGGUCUGCUGGUGACCUUGUGGGCAAUUGAUCGUAUUGGUAGAAGAAAGACCAUGGCACUGUGUUUUUUCAUCUUCUCCUUAUGCAUUUUGCUACUCUAUGCUUGUGUAGGGAGGACGUUUCUGACAGUACUGAUAUUCAUCGCACGAGCUUUCAUUGCAGGAGGUUUCCAGGCUGCUUAUGUUUAUACCCCAGAGGUGUACCCUACAGCCACCAGAGCCCUGGGUUUGGGCACAAGCAGUGGAAUGGCAAGAGUUGGGGCUCUUAUUACACCUUUUGUGGCACAGGUAAUGUUGGAAAAAUCGGUGUAUCUCACCCUGUCUGUAUACUGCUGCUGUUGUCUGCUGGCAGCGAUUGCCUCCUGCUUGCUGCCUAUUGAGACCACAGGCCGGGGCCUGCAGGAGUCGAGCCACUGUGAGUGGGGCCAAGAGAUGAUGGGUCGAGACUCUGUCAACAGUCCUGGUGGUGUCCUCAAUCCAAACUGUAACCCCAAUGACUGAAUAGACAAAACACAAGAGAAGAGACACAAAAAAUCAGCAUGUACUUAUUUUGAUAUGAAUGAUUUUGCUCAUUUAUUUGUUUGUGUCAAGUGUUAUAUCUUCCAGUCAAUCAUAACCAUAUGUAAUCUGAUAUUCAUAGAUCAGCAUCAGUAUGUUUAAAUCCACAAAGGUGGUUUUCAUCAUUACCUCUCAUCCAUGUGUUUUUGCUGUUGUUUUUUAGCAGGAUUUUUUAAAAACUAGAUCCAUUUUUCAUGAACCUUGGUGUUAAUGUGUUGCAUGGAUCCCAAGGAGGAUCCCAUGAAAUGUUGAAGCAUAUAUGCCCGUAUUAACAAAGCAUUUUAUCUUGCCACUAGGAGUACUCAUAAGAUUUUAGCUAGGAGUUCUCUUAAAAGUUAUUCACAAAGCCUUUCAGACCUACUCUUAGUAAGGAAAAAUGACCUCCUAAUGAACUCCUAAAUUAAGAGUGAGUCUUCGUUGCUAUGAUUGACGUCAUUAGUCAUGCACAAGCUUGAUUGAAGUGACCACCUUGAUUGGCUGAUCAUAACACGGGAGUGACAGGUUUACAAUUAUUCCCUCGCAAUUGAGAGCUCCUGUAACCGUUAUUUCAUAACAUUGCAAUGUGAAAUGCCACUAAAAGCGGUUCAGAAUUAUUUGUGAAUAGGUCUUAGGGAGUUAGGAGUCCUCUCAACUUCUUUUAAGCUGUCCCAGACUUAGGUGCUACUUUUAGGGUUAAAAUGCUUUGUGAAUUACUCUUAGUCAAAGAAAUUGACAGGGUUGAAUCUGCAGUUUCAUGCUAGACAUUUCCACCAAGUUUCGUGAAAAUGGGCGUCUGGCGUCUAUAUGAGCAUAAACAAUCGCUUAGUCAUGUCGAAGCUGGUUUUAAGUCUACCAUGGACAGUUAGGAUUUUACGGCGUAUACUCCAAUUGUCAAUGGAGAAAUUGUAUUGAAUUCUUACUUCCGGAAUCGGUUGUGGGCGGGACUGUUGAGGUCUAUUGUAUUUUAAUUGUAUUUGGUACUUUUCCAUUGUUACUGACAUUUCACAUUUGCAUUCACUAGCAACAAAUACAAAUUUGUCAAUAGAUCAAAAUAACGAGCAAACAGGCAAAAAAUGUAUUCAAUAUUAAUGUGUGUCAAUUGCUCCCUACAAUCUCACUGAGGCUUGGUCUUGUGGCCUAUGUACAGUAACCCUUCAGGACAAUGUAGCCCUGGUGCAGAUAAAGCAUUAAAUGUAUAACUGGGUAAUAUUGUUUUCACUGUAGUCAUUUGACUACAGCUAAUUGAUCCAUGCAAUCUAAUUUGACACUGCAGCGGUCUUGUCAAGGUUUGUCAAUGAAAAGGAAUCACCUGGUGAAACUGAGAAUGCUACAUGUUCCCGUCACAUGAAGCUGUGAGAAUUAUGCUAAUACUAUAAUGCCUAUUUUGACGACGCAUGGUCUGAAGCAUGUGGUUUAAGUGCAUUUAGGAUGUGUCCAGUCCACUUUGCUAGUUUGACACGCCUGGCGCAUGGUUCAAAAGGGUUGUUAUUAUGUUUCUUAAUUAAUUAUGGGCAUAACAUCCAAAUAAACCAAUGUGGGUGCCAUCUGCCAUUCCUUUAAGAGCAAGGAGUGUUGGUAUUAUGACGACGAGUUAACUCUGUAGAAGACAUUGCUUGCACUCACAAUUUUCUUUUGAAUAGUAGUAUUCCACCAAAGCUUUCAUUGCUAAAAUAGGUGCAUGUGUUUGGCAAGCAGAGUACGUAUCUGUACUCAUCUAAUAAUUGCACUUGUAGGAAAAUAACAAAACAUUUCUAAAACAGUUAUUUAUUAACGAAAACAGCCUGAAAAAAGCAACACUUACCCCAAUUAUUUUGCAUUUCAUUACCAGGGUCUCAUUGGGUCUCGUCACUAGACAGAUCACAAGCAAGACUUCUUGACAGUGCGCUCUCAAAAUAACCAUAGCAUACUGUGCUUUUCACUUCAGACCAAGUUUUUCUUGAUAAGUGGCAUCAUCAUUUUCAGUGGCAUCAAAAUAGCAAUGUGUGAUGGCUGCACCUGACCACACCUCGUGCUAUUUACAUAACGUGUGCGUCUGAGGGUAUAUUGAUCAACUGCAUUGGCAACAAACUAGCAAAAACAGUUACAAUCAGCCUGGCACUCUGAUGCGCCAGACAUAAGAUAAUAAGACAUAAGAGGCCAUAAUGUUAAUAUAAAUGGUAUAAAUGGUUUGAGCAGAGGUACAUUUAAAAAGAAAGCUCUUGGUUGUAAUGCAAUACUUGUGUAUUUGUAGCCUAUUUGUACUUGUUACAAUUAAGUAGGCCUACCUGUGUCAUGUAGUGUGUACGUGACUGCUGUUUAGAUGUUUAUGCUGUGAAGAUAUCUAUGUAAGGGAUAAUGGCCCAGAGGUGUCCCGAUAUAUACACAAUUAAUGGACGAGGUGGAGGCAAAGAACUCUACAAUGUGAAGUGGAGUUUUAAAAAAUAAUCCGACUUGAGUUUGUUGUACUACUUUCUUUGGUUACUGACUGUGAUAACGAUGGGUAGGUAGCUUGUUUACAGUUGAUUCCAUUGUUGCGAAGCCUGCUGCCUAGUUCAACCGUCAUACCAUGGUUGUUAUUUUCAAUCAAAAGACCAUUGAAAUUGAAUGGUGAUCCAACUUUUUACCAGACUUCAAAGAUGACCAGAUAUAGAAUUAGUCACCUUGUCAGCCAAUCAGAAAAUAGUAUUUUUUGUCUCUGGGGAUAAACAGAAUUAUUUACUAAGGGACUAUGAGACUAUAACCGUAAGACAAAUGUAAUAAAAAAUACUUGACAGGGCUACCAUUUUAGCUGGGGCUUUCAUUUGUUUAACACACAAUGCAAUGCGUUAAUACCCACCCACACAAACUAAUGCUAUUUUAGUGGGUACUGGGUACAAGAUUCUUCUAAUGUAAUACCACAUGAAAGAUACAUUUUUGAGUGUAUUGCGAAGAGGAGUCUAUUGUCCAUGACACAGAGCAUAAUUGACCUGAAUUAAUUUCAAUACCAACCAAGCAAGGGGGCUGAGGACAUUGCUGGACUUUGUUGCUGGGCACCUGUUGCUGGAUACAUGCGCUUAUGUUUUGUUGACUUCUCAUCAGCUUUCAACUGCAUGCAGCCCCAUAGUCUAGUUCACAGGCUGUUGCGAUUUUCAGACAUUGAAUCUGGCACUAUGUUGGCCGCUCCAUUUUUUUUUUUUAACAAUAAGGUCACAGAAACCCAUGUGAAUAUGCUAAUGAGUCUGUGAUUGUCAGUCUCCUGCAUGACCAUGACGUUGUCCAUGGCAACAUCUAACAUGAUGAAUUGACAUUCGAUGCCAAUACUGACUCCAGCUAUAAAAAGGUCAAUCAAAAAGUUGAAGGGGUUCAAUGAUGAAAGAUCUCACAAUUGUACUAAUCUUUUAUUGAGUCAGUUUUAACUUCUGCUGUUUUGGCAACCUGACUGUGACAAACAAAAAUAGACUUGGUAAAAUUGUUAAUCUCUGUCAGAAGAUAUCUGUCACUAAUCUCAGCAGCAGGGUAUGUGUAUCCUCCUGCCAUCAGGGAGGAGGUAUUCUUUUCUUAGCGGGCUAAGUCUAACAGAGAAGAUCAUUUGUCCCAUUAACAGUUGGUGUUAUUUUUAACAAACGGUCAACUUGCCAUCAUUGUAUGUUUACAUUCAGAUUGGACCAUAUUUGUGAUUAAGCACAAGU